AUGGAUUUCAAAGCUAAAUUGCUCGCUCAAAUGGCUAAAAAACGAAAAGCAAUUGCCGAUGUAGAAAUCAAGGAUGGAAGUACGAAAUUCUUUAAACGAGGAGAUUUGGAGGCGAAAAGAGAGCAGGAAUAUUUAGCAAAACAAGAGGAAAAAUUGGCAAAAAAGCAGGAAAGAGAAACAGAUUCAGAGAAGCCAACAAACAGUAAAUCACACGAGAAUGUGCUGACAAAUGAUUUUGACGAGAAAAUGGAUAUUUCCGAAAUUCGAAAGAAAUUGAGACAACGAAACGCGCCAAUUUGUUUGUUUGGUGAAGAAGAAAAUGAUAUUCGGAGAAGAUUGAGAAAAUUAGAAAUCGAACAACCAGAUAUGAAAGAGGGUUGGUCAAAUGAAUUACAAACUGCAAUGAAAGAUAUUGGAAAAGAAAUGGAUAAAGCUGCAGUUGAAGGAACUUCUUCAAAACUUGAUGUUGCACUUCCCACAAAUUAUAAUGAUAAUUGGCAGAAAAUCGAAAAAGAUUCAACUCUUUUAGGAAUCGGGGAUGAAAUGAAAAGAGAUUGUGAUAUUAUUUCAUCAAUAAUCAAAUAUAUUUUGGCUCGUUGGGCGAAAGAAUUGAAUGAUCGACCGGCAGAUGUUAAAAAGACGGCGAGAGGUAAUCUGAACUCCUAAAAUAAAUUUGGCUAUUUUUUUUUCAAAAACAAUAGUAUAUUUUUCAGGAAUGCACGAUGCUGCUCAUCACAAACAAACAAUAAUGCAUUUGAAAAAUUUGACAAACUCGCUUGAACGAUAUAAUGUAAACAAUGAUAUUCGCCAUCAUUUAGCCCGGAUUUGCAGGUAACUUUCUCGAGAAUUUUUAAACAUAGAAAUAACAUUUUAGUUUGACAUUUUUUUGAAAAAUGAAUUUCAAUACAAAAUUUUCACGUAACGUGUAAAUGAAUAAUUGAAUUAUUUGUGUUUGAACUAUUACAAAUUUUCCAUUUGCUUCUGAAAUCUUUUCCGAACUUUCAAGUUUUGUGGAAAAAUCUUUCCUACAAAAAAUUUUUAAAAAAGAAAAUUCAUUCUGAACUCAGAAAACGUCUCGUCAACCGUCCGCGAGCCGGCAGACGGCCGUCGAAUUCUGAUACUAAUUUGUCAGUUUGCUAGCUCGCAGACAGCGCCUGCUAGGUUCUGCCAGCUAGCAACCUCGCGGCGAGCUGUCGAAAUGCCUCUGCUAGCUUUCGACAGCUCGCAACCUCGCGGACGACUGACGAUACGUUUUCUGAGGAAACCUGAUCCCUUUCAAACUACAUAUAGCACAAUCACCCUACCCCCACAAAUUAAUAGAGUUUAACACAGUUUAUCAAUUUUUCUUUUCAAAAAUUAGAAUUAUUAGACAACUACUCUAAACAAUCAUAUAAUUUUCAGACUUCUUGUAAUUGAUCGAAAUUAUUUGGAAGCCAACAAUGCUUAUAUGGCAAUGGCAAUCGGAAAUGCACCUUGGCCUGUUGGAGUUACCCGAUCUGGUAUUCAUCAACGUCCUGGAUCAGCAAAGUCUUAUGUUUCGAAUAUUGCUCAUGUUUUGAAUGACGAAACGCAACGAAAAUAUAUUCAAGCUUUCAAACGACUAAUGACCAAAUUGCAAGAAUAUUUUCCAACAGAUCCAUCGAAAAGUGUUGAAUUUGUCAAAAAUUCAUAA